CUUGAUUGAAGGUAGGGAGUUGGUGACUUUAGUCGAGGAGCCAACUCACUAUUAUGUACCGGAUUUACUCCGGUAGUGGAGGUUUUGUUCUUAGGGCCUCAAUCUGUCGACUCCGGUGGAGGUUAGUCGCCCGCUAGAGAGUCAGAUUGAGAGGGUCUGAAGACCUUUAGUCGAGACUUCAGGCUGUUUAAGAACCUUCCGCAGUAUAAUCUUCAUAGAAACUGAACUUGGUAAUUACAAUCCGGCUUAACUACAGUCUAGGGGGAACCAUAUCCGGGUGACCUCUUUAACCUGAAUACAACAGUUUACUUGCUUUGUUUGUUUGGUAGUUUAGACAUGCAUUCCAGUUUCAUUGCUAGAUAACACGAAUUCACUGAGUAGUCAUCAUAUCUAGGACCCGGGUUGAUAAUUAAACCUAAACCCGCUAUACUACGCUUUAGGAAGUGGUUACACUUGGCCAAUUCCUGGAGUGACAGUAGAGUCGAGUCACCUACCACCCCUUCGCACAUCCCACACCGAGCUUUGAAGAGGCGGGCAUGAGUGAGAAGAUGAAAGAAGAUCUCAUGAAAGAAAUUGGUUGGAAACUUGCUCUCCAAUCCGUGCUAGAAGAAGAAGAGCAAGAAAGGGUGCAGAAAGAAGUUGUGGAGGAUGACGAAAGUGAAGCAGGAGGAGUUCUUGAUCAUUUCCCAAGGGUGAUACCACAUGAAGAAGAAAGGGGGGUUGAAGAAGCAAUUGGCGUCCAGGCUGAGGAUGGAGUUAAGGUGGAAGAGGCCUGCACCGGCCAUGAGUUACAUGUGAUAUCUCCACCAAACUUUGAGGAACUACUUAGCAAGGACCCAUUUGCAGUGUCUCUUUGCCAGACCAAGGCCACAUCGACAUCGGUUCCUCUUGGUGGACGCGGUGGUGGUCAAUCGAUGCUGUCAUAUCUAGUUUGGGGUAAUGAGACGAGAGAAGAGAAGAAGAGGUCUCUAGGGUGGAGACUUCAUCUGCAUCAAAUGCAUGAGCCUUCAUCACCUGCCACACCACAUGCUCAUGACUUGAGACUCCACCUCAUUGACGAGAACCUCAACUUCAAGGAGGUUUUGGUGUGGACCGAAACUUAGGAACUAUCGUCCGGCUCAUGACGUGAAAGAAGCGCUUGUUGGGAGGCAACCCAACCAGUCGGUUUGCAUUUCUUUCUCUAUUUCUCCUCGGUUAAGUCAGUUUUGUUAUUUGAUUUUAGAGUCAAUAACUCAACCUUUGUGAGAUUUUAUGUGGUGUUUGCAUUCUGACUACUCUCUCCUCCUGGAAUGCACCGCCUGCCUAAUCCACCAUCAUUCACCCUUGAUCUGGUAACUUCGUUCUACCAUCCUUAUCUUUCCUCCAUUGAGGACAAUGUCAUGCUUAAGAGUGGGGGGAUGUUCGAUUAUGUAUGCGGGUGAAUGUUUGGCUGUUUGUGUGCUUGGAGACUAGUCCACUAUCCAAAUUUUUAAAUUUGAGGGCUCCAAGUACGUGUUUCCUUGCAAAUUAUCUGCUCAGUAUGCUUUGAAUUGAUAGUCUCUAUAGUAAUGUGCAACCUAGGGAGGUAGUGUAGCACUAUGGAGGAUGUUGAAGUAUAAGAUUUUUCAUAUCUAGCUCUCUGCUGUGCUAGUUGAUUUUGUGAAUUAGUGGAGCUAGGACCGUUGAAUUCAUGUGGUAAUGGUGACUCUAUGUGGAUUGUGUUAUGGACUUGUGUAUCGAACAGGGUGCUCAUGUGAAAAAUGAAAUGCAGUUGGUCCUCCAUGUCAAAAUCAUUAAAUCUUAAACAUGGGG